UCUCGCUCUCUCUCUCUCUCCCUGUGUGUGUGUGUGUGUGUGUUUGUGAAACCCAACGAUUCCCGGCUCGUUUUCUUCUCCCGUUUUGCCCGUACCAUUAGGGAUCUAUGGAGUGCACAUAACCUUGCAACCCUCGGUCGGAUCGGGGACACCUCACUCGGGGGCAAAAAUGUGGGCAUUUGGGAAGUGGAAACCAAGACAACCUUGAGGCUACUGGAACAGCAUUUCUUACUGCCCCAGAACGUCUGAGAAGGUCAGACCCCACUCCGGCACGCUUGGGCCGUUGGCAAUAAGAUGUCCCUAAGUAGUGGCACUGCAGGCGGGAAAGGUGUGGACUCAAAUGCGGUGGACACUUACGACAGCGGAGAUGAGUGGGACAUUGGAGUUGGCAAUCUGAUCAUCGACCUUGACGCCGACCUAGAGAAGGACAAGCUUGAGAUGUCUGCCACUAAAGACGGGGGCGGAAUGGCUGCACCCCCCAGCGCGGUGGCAGCUUUGCCGGACAAUAUCAAAUUCGUAAGCCCCGUGCCUGCUCAAGGCAAGGAUGGUAAGUCUAAGUCUAAACGUAAUAAAAACUCAAAGGAUACUAGCAAGUCCUCAACCCCGGAUGGGGCCAAGAAAGAGUCGCAAGUGCGGACCCCGAGCGAGGGUACAGGGCCGACUACAGGCACAGCUACAGGAGGAUUAGCCAGUGCCGGCAAAGGUGCGGAUAAAAGUACCAAGACCUCUCGCAACGUUUCAAGUGGAAAGAAGGACAAAGAUGGAGGAACCGGGAAAAAUAAAAAGGACAAAUCUGAAGGAGUAGCAACUGGAAAUGUGACCACAGACAAGGACACAGCAGCUCCAGUUUUAACCUUAGGACCAUCCCGCAAUACCCCGUUUGAAGGACGGCAAAACUCAGACCUAACCUGUGCUGAACAAAUUGGGAAUAUUGCCAUUGAUGCUGCUGGAAUAGUUCCUCCUUUGACUAUUAAAAGUGAACCCGAAGAGAUGGAGAACACCGACUGUAGGAGCUUGAAGAAAGUAAAGAGUGAAAAGAUGGAUUCCCCAGUGUCAACGCCGGUCCCUCCACCUCUUCAUCUCCUCGCUCCAGUUGGCAGCACUGAUAUCUCCUCUCCAUGUGAACAGAUCAUGGUCCGCACACGCUCAGUCGCAGUCAACACAUCCGACGUGGCUCUUGCCACCGAGCCAGAGUGUCUGGGUCCCUGUGAGCCUGGCACCAGUGUCAAUCUGGAAGGCAUUGUAUGGCAAGAAACAGAGGAUGGUAUGCUGGUUGUGAAUGUCACCUGGAGGAAUAAAACCUAUGUGGGCACUCUUCUCGACUGCACCAGACAUGACUGGGCCCCUCCACGAUUUUGUGAGUCACCCACAAGUGAUAUGGAGAUAAAAAACGGACGAGGCAGGGGGAAAAGAAUGAGACCCAAUAGCAACACUCCAGUGAAUGAGAAUAGCAACUCCUCUGACAACAAGGGGAGCAAUAGCAGCAAGACACGAGCAGCAUCCAACAGCAAAGGACGACGGGGCAGUCAGAACUCUUCGGAGCGCCGUACGCCACCCAAUAGUAAUACCGAGGACAUCAAGGCCAGCCCAUCAUCUAUAAACAAACGCAAGAGCAAGCCUGCCUCAGACAUGGAGCCAAAUUCUAGCUCAGAGGACACCAAAGGUAGUAAGCGUAUGCGCACCAGCUCGAACAGUGGAAUGCCUCAUGCCGUCCUUCCCAUCCCCAUUAUCAAAGCAGAGCCCCUGCCCCCUUCUCUAGAUCGCAGUUGCCCCUCCCCAGUGCUUAUUGACUGCCCGCAUCCCAACUGCAACAAGAAAUACAAGCACAUAAAUGGGCUGAAGUACCACCAGGCCCGUGCCCACAAUGAUGAUGAUAUCAAACUGGAAAUGGAUGGGGACAGUGAAUAUGGGGAGGAUUCUACUUUGCAUCCAGAACCAGGCAGCUGCAAUGGAGCCUCCAUUUCUCAGAAAGGCUGCGUUUCUCCAGCCCGCUCAGUUACCCCAAAAGGCAGAGGGUUUGAUGCUCAGAGCCCAUCACCGUCAUCGGGCAAGUAUGCCUCCAAACAGUCCAGCAAAAAGAAGGCUGAGGCUGACCACGAUUCUGGACUGCAUUUAGAUGGCUGCGAAGAUGGCCCAUGUCUGACAGACGAGGCUAGCAACGAUGGCAUUGAUGAUAAGAAAAGUUUAGACAAGGCUAAGAAAUCUGGUUCCAAAGCAGAUAAGCUUUCUCAGAAGGCUGUAAAGUCUGCAAGAGCGAUCGUACCAUCCAUACCACAACAACUCUAUGGCUUGCAAGCGUCAAGCUUCCCUGCACCAAACUCUAGUUCCUCUAUGAGCAUGAGCACAGUGGUACAGUCCGUUCCCAAAAGCCCACAGCUGAAAGCCAUCCAGCCUAAGCCUGUAGUAAGUGGAGACCCUUCUAUGAACCCAGCUUUAAGUGGUUCCAAGGACAAAAAGAAAAAAGACAAGAAAAAGAAGGAGGGUGCAAAGGAGGGCGACAGUCCAAAAGCCCCUGGAAAGGGAGGGAAGUCAGAGGAAGGAAAAAGUCCUUACUCUGAAUCCUCAGACCCAGGCAGCAAGAGUGAUUGCCUGCUCAACGGUUCAACAGAUCCCCACCAGAGUCGCUUGGCCAGUAUCAAGGCUGAAGCUGAUAAAAUCUAUAGCUUUACUGAUAACGCUCCCAGUCCAUCAAUUGGUGUAGCCAGUCGGAUAGACAGUGGAGGAAUGCCACAACCUCUCACCCCACUCCAUGUAGUCACCCAAAAUGGAGCAGAUAACUCCUCAGUGAAAACCAACAGCCCAGCCUACUCUGACAUUUCAGAUGCUGGUGAAGACGGCGAGGGCAAAGUGGAAGGUGUGAAGGUAAAGUCCGAGGAUCAGGCACCCAGAGAAGGUGCUAAAAAGGCUCUUUUUGCCACGCAGCCUCCAAACAAAGAGUCUCCCUACUAUCCCAACUAUGAGACAUACUACUCACCUAACUAUGCCAAUCCAAAUCCCAGUCCAGGGGUCUCAAAUACUGGUGUACUGUUGCAGGAUGGCGCUGUGAAAGUCAAGAAAGAAGAAGAGACGGACGUAGGGGACGAAAAAGGCAAAUCCGAACAGCCUGAGGAUCGCAAGACGGAUAUUAGCACGCCUAGUCAACAGCAACAACAGCCGUCUGUCAUCCAGCAGCGGUCUAAUAUGUAUAUGCAGCCUCUGUACUAUAAUCAAUACGCCUAUGCCUAUGGGUAUUCGCCAGACCAGGCUUAUCAUAAUCAUUUGAUGAACACUAAUCCAGCCUACAGGCAGCAGUGCGAGGAACGGCAGAGGCAGGCUGCCGAGCAACACAGAGUGGGAGAGAAAAAAUCCGAGGCUGUUCAGAAGGACAGGGACGUUUCUGUCAAGUCAGAGGAGUGGAAACAAAAGGCAUCAGUUCCUCCAACUUUGUCUAAAGCACCAAGCCUCUCUGACCUCGGUAAGCCCUCACCCCAGAGCAAGCCCAAAGAGCUGACCUCUGAGCCAGCCAAAUCAGUCAUUAUCCCAAAGGCGGAAGAUGGGAAGCCAUCGGCCCAGCCGCCAGAAGGGCUAAAGAUGAAACUGAGUGAAGGUGGACACCACGGAAAAGAGGAGCAGAAACCCAGUAUUGACUCUGGAAGGCCAUCAGCCAUGGAACAGGCCAUGUACAUGUACAGACAGGAGCCUGAUUCUCGACUAUGGCCCUAUGUUUACCCCAGCAAGUACCCCGAAGCGCAGAAACAGCUAGACGAGGAGAGGUGGAAGGAAGAACGAGAGCGAGAACGAGAUAGAGAUCGAGACAGGGACAGAGAGCGAGAGCGAGAUCGAGAGCGAGACAGGAAAAUUAAAGAGGAGAGAUCUCGUCACAGAGAUACUCCUAAAGAAGAGGGCAAAGACGGGAUUGAGCCACGGACCUCGACAGCCUCUGACGAGCACAGAGGGAUCAGUAAAGACCCCAGAGCACAUAUGCAGUUCUCUUCAGCUCUGCCUCAACACCAGUCUUAUAUGCCAUACAUGCAUGGGUACCCCUACAGCCAGGGUUAUGACCCGGGUCACCCAGGAUACAGAGGGAUGCCGUCUGUGAUGAUGCAGAACUACCCAGGGUCCUACCUGCCAGCAGGUUACUCAUUUUCACCGUACAGCACUAAGAUUUCACCAGGUGAUGAAAGCGAUAAAGCUCGUGCCAGUCCGACAGUGACUGGCAAAUCGGCUUCGGAUUCUAAAGCCUUGGAUAUCCUGCAUCAACACGCAAGCCAGUACAAGAGCAAAUCGCCCACGGUGGGUGACAAAGCAUCUCAUGACAGAGAGCGAGGUGGAGGCGAAAGAGAGCGAGAAGGUGACCGACCACGAUCCUCCCCCUCGCAGAGAAUAAUGCCUUCCCAUCACCACCUGGGCUACUCUCUUAUCUCCGGACAGUACGAUCUGUCUUAUGCCCCCGCUAUCGUUGCGAGUCAGCAAGCCUCUGGCCCUUCGCUCUACCCCCCUGCACGGAGGUGAGGAUGGCACACAUGACCAUGUCAGUACUGUUCCCUAUAUAUUGCUCCAGCACCUCCAGAUGGUGACUUGUGGACCUCAAGCUUGCCUGCAGCCAUGUGAUGAGAUCACAUGAGGGAAGAGUGUGGACUUUUUACGACAUCAGUUCAAUGGUGUUCCUGAAUUAUUUUUUUGGUUUUGUUUGUUUGUUCUUUCCGGAUAUCCCGGUGUCUUUGACCUCCAUCGUUGGAGAUGGAUGUGGGUUGCCAGUAUCGCCCCAGCCCUAUGCCCCUCUGGAAGAGCUCGGUCACACGUCCCCUCUGUCACACUAAUGAGGUACUCAUGAGGGAUGAGCCACGGCGCCUUCUGCACAGAGUCAUGAUGUGGAAGCUCUUUAAAAAAACAAAGAAAAAACCCUUGAAUUUCAGGAACAUGAGGGACAGAGGAAGCAGGAAAUGGGCAGCAUGGAAACGUCAUGUGACUACUUCGCUUUGUUUACCAGUCUGGGUCUUGAGGAAAAACUUGACGGAACUGUUACUCAAGUGCCCCAAGGAGACACAAAUUGAUGGAUAUUUCCUCUCUUUUUUUUUUUUUUUUUGCUUUCUGUUUUUAAGGGUGAGAACGAGAACAAUCGCCAUCCUCGUGGUUUUUCUCAUUUCUUGUCCAGACACAAACACCGGCUGGACUCUAUGCAAGCUAUUGAUGCUCACCUCUUUCAUCCGGUUUAGAUUCAGGGGAUAUACUACAGUUCCUGUUAGGAAAGUUUGACAUCUGCUAACAGGAGUUCACACAAGUGUAGUUUUGUUAAGACAUUCACAACACCACUCUCUCUUCUAAUCAGCCUGUGUCGAUCAGCACGUUAUUGUUUUUAGGAGACAAAGAGACCUCUGCACACCUGUCCUUUCCCAUCAGCCUGUUUGCAUCGAACGCUAUACCGGCUACGAGCACUAGCAGAUGGAUUUCCUCCAAGGGGCUCCACCUUACUCCAGCGCCAUUUACACCUGCUCUUUUUGGGACUACUGACCUCCGGCUGCUUUAGAUAGGUGCUCCAACAUGCUGCAAAGAACUCCAUUUGUAAGGGGGAAGGGGGGGCGGGGGAGACAUCUCGACUGCGUUCUCUGCUAGUAGGCUGGACCGGAGUAGUGCCUUCCUUUGUGGCAGCACAACCAGCACCUCAGAGUGGCCCUGCUAGGAGGAAGGCAUUCGUUCUCUUAUCGUUAUAGGAGCUUCACCGUGGCCCGGCUUCUCUAACUGAGACGGUCUUUCUGUGACGAAGCGCAUGUGCCCGUGUGACAUGGGAUCGACCCAGACAUUUUCCAAACCACACGGCCUGGUCAUAAACCAGUCGAACACACCCACGCUGUUGUUCACGAUGCUGCUGCUUGAGAGUCUCAUGCCAAACUGCAUGACCAGAGUGUAAGACCUGGGGGAAGUACCCUCACGAACGCAGGAAGUCUGUAUGGGAUAUUCACGUCUGUGUGCCGUGGCUAAACAGGCAACACUAGACCCACUAUGUGAGGUCCGUAGUCGGGUCGGUACUCGGCACAGAUUUCUCCGUAUACGUCGAUGUGUAGAAUUAUUGUAUAGCUGACAGUGGAGUACGUGUGCUUUUUGUCCGUGUUCACUAUCGGAGCCGCAGUUCUUAGCCCCCAGGUCCCUCUCCUUCCCACUCCGUCAUGUGUAUCUGCGUGGUGCAGUAUAGCACUAGAAAAAUAUUAACCUACACCGACAUGGAGGCAAGCUGUGCACGUUUGCCUCACUUCCUGUUGCUACCAACCCCGCUCUCUCACACAUGCACUCACGAUGUGCUUUCUGUAUAUAUUGUACAGAGGAAUUAUUUUAAAGAGGUUGUUGGAUGCUAUUGGAUUUUCCUACUCUUUUGUUUUUUGUUUUUUUUUGUUUUUUUUUUGGUCUGUUAGCCUUUUUUCUACUAUUGUUGAUAUAAUAUGAAUAUGUAGCUGGUGUAACGGCUUUAUAAUUGAAGUGUUAUAUAUUACAUUUCCAGCUUGCCCCCCCCCCCCCCCCCCCAUCUCUCUUUCUCUUUCUCUCUUUUUUUUUUUUCUUUUCCCCUCCCACUCGUGAUCCCAUGUUUGCUAAGCAUGUCACCACUCAGUGUUCGGUUUCAGUUGGGCUGUCCCGGGUGUUUACGUAAUAUACGAACGCCAGCUGUGGUGAGCUAUAUUAAAGGACUUUUGUCCAAGUUUGUGCUAACAUACAGUAAAUAAAUACAGGUCAGUUUUACGACGGAGAUGCUCUCAAUUCCUACUCCCAUCAAAUUUGCCCUAGUGCCAUUUUUACCCAUUUUUUCAAGGGGCCACAUGGUUAAUCCUUUUACGUAUUAAGCCAGUUAUUCCCCUUAAAGCAUAUUAUAUAGUUAUGUCAGUACGAUUAAGCAGGAAAGAUGAGUGAGGAAUGUAAAUCUGGACCCGGGUGAAACCGGUUCCCUGUACGACUCUUACCCGCUUCCGUAAGAUGCACGUCAUUACAGCAAGGCAGGUGAAUUUGUUUUUUUUUUUUUUUUUUUGGGGGGGGGGGUUUACGAUACGCCAUCGACACAGGAAGAGGUUUAUUCCACACUAAACAAAAAAUGAUAUUGAGCAUAUAAUGGAACGAUUAUAACGGGACGCACUGUCUCUACGUAAUCACUUAGUCCUACCUUAAACACUAACAGAUACGCGGGCUCAGAAACGGAGCCGCAUUCCAACUUCACGUUUUCUUCCGAGGUUUCUGGACUGUGCGGCUGAAUCAGGACAGCUGGAUUUCUGUCGGACUUGCUGGGCAGAUUACACAGGUGAUUUGGGGAGCACUUUCUUUUUAAUCUUAAACACUCUCAGAUUAGAAGUUGUUGGGGUUUUUUUUUCUUUAAAGCUGGGGUAUGUCUGUUUUCCCCAUACCCAAAUCCAAACUGUACCAAUUUCCAGAAAGACCUGGACUUUGCAUUAGCAGAAGAGAUCCCUUGGGCAUUUGGGCGAAGAGGUUUUACAUAAGUAGUAGUAACUGUUUUAUCUUUGAUCAUUUAACCAGUUAACGUGCUGUCUGGUGAUUAAAAAGCUCUUGUAAUAAGUUAUUUUUGAGGCAGUUUCAGUACUCGUUUACCCUGAGUGAGGUAAGUCAGUCAGUUUUGUUUUGAAACGUCGCAGGUGUUCACAUUUGUCUCAUACGGUGCUACUAUGCCUGGUCCCGUGUGGUCCUUGACAUGAGGACGAUGUGUGUUUUAGUUUGGGUUUGUUUUUGUCUUUUUUUUUUUUCUUUUUUUUUUUUCUUUCCCCUCCCCAGUUUCUACUUCCUGAUAUAUUUGGUCCUACAAAUUGUCACACCCGUGGUUCCCCCUCCAUUCUCAGUUAUUGGUACUUGAAAGAAAGAUGUUUACAGCUUUUGUUGAUUUCUACGUUUGGAUGCAUUUCUCUUGUAAUCCCGUCUGUCCCUCUUCCUCCGUCUCUGAGCUCUGCAUCGUUCUUUCUCUGCCUCUAUCCCUCACUGUUUUCCUGGGGUUGUCGUAUGUAAAGUGUACAUUGCCACAUGUCUUUUGUUUUUUUUUUUUUUUUGUUGUUGUUUUUUUUUAUACAAUAUUCUAACUUGCCUUUGUACAUUUAGGCAGAAAAUAAAUCUUUUUAUGAGACAAUCA